UUGUGGAUUUAUUUCGUUUGUAUUUGUUUGUGCAUUGUGGGAUUUUCGUUUUAUUUGAAUACUAGCAGACCGUUUUGGAGGAAAAUGAGUAACGUGAUCCCUCCUAGUGCUCUGUUCCUGAAGGAUCCGGUUGAUUGGGUAGCGCAAACCGGAUGCGAGUGCAGUGCUGCCGGGAUAGGUUAUGUUCACGACGUGCAGAAGGGACCGGCCGUCUACACGGCGGGGACAGGAGGGGCACUUCCGGGUCUUACACCGGAAGAGACGGCCAUUUUAGCGGGAAUUCUUACUGGUCUGGCAACGUUCCUUUUCCUGCUCCUCCCCAUCCUGUGCUGUCUUUGUCCGCUUUGUGCCGGAUGUUGCGGACGGAAGAAGGCCGCCGCCGUUUCUUCUGGGGCUCACCACCGCAAAGCUAAUAUGGCGAGGUCUGACAAUGAGUCCUUCUGGAGCACUGGAAGUUUUGGUAAAGGCGACAAGAUGGACUAUGAACAUCUCUACGGGGUAGACAUGAAGCUUCCAAGACCUUGGGUAGACAACUCUAUGGCUGGGUCGCAGAUGCACGAGGGUGGCUGGGAAGGAAUCGACGUGUCAAGGGACGAAAUAGACGCCGGAGCGUCUCGUGGUGAUGGCGGAAUGGAGAUAGUGGAGCGAAGUGGAAUGGUGUCGCAUGCCGCAGCGGGCGGCGGCGGCGGCGGCGGUCUAGGCGGGGAAGGAGGAUAUAGCAAUGCCGGAUACAGUUCAAUGGACAGAGGCCGAGGCGGCGGGGAUGAGGUGAUUACGGAGUACACCACCACGCGGCGCGUUGACAUGACGAUAGGCGCCAUGUCACCAGAAGAGGCGGAGGGAUACUAUGCCCAGAACUAUGGCGGCGGAGGCGGACAAGACGGUAGUAUGACCAGGGACAACUUUAUGCGCAUCUAUCACCAGUACAGAAACGACCUUAGCAACGCGCACUGAAGUGGCUAGCAACCGUUUCCAUGGAAACAAAUAACAAAAAGAAGAAUUUAAUGAACUUUGAUUGUAUUCUUAUAUUAUGUUCAAUACGAUGUUGCUAUUUAUGAUUUUUUACAUUGCUUACCUGUUAUUUUGUCUCUCCGUUUCCAUGACAACAAACAUCAACAAAAGUUUUAUUUGUAUUUCUAACAAAUAUUGUUAUGUUGCUUAUUAUAUUUUCAAGUACUUUCAAUUUUAUUGUUUUUGAUCGAUAUGAACACUUACAAAAUAAACAAUAUUAAUUUUCCCAAAAUAAAGAUGUAAAUAUA